CAGCCGUUUCGGCUGCUUUUAUAGCGCAAUCAUUCCAAACCCGACUUUAGAGUGGUUUUGGACACAGGGAGUGGAGGGAUGUCCCUCUGAUGAUAUUCGAAUCUGUGUUCAUUGGGUCGACCAGCACGGCGGUGAAAUCAGUUUCUCAGUUACCUUCUUCCUGGACCGGGGGCCAUCGGACACUUAUGUUACAUGCAAAACGGCAUGUCUCCUUUGCCACACAACGCACGAGAAGCCAGAUGAGCUGUCGAUGCAUGGAAAGGGCGCCCCAAGACAUCAUCGUCUCGCCAAUUAACGGAGCCCUAUCGUUGCCACUUUCCUUUCUUCUUGCCCUGGGCCGCUGCAUCCUGUUUUGGAUCGUUCCGUUAAGUGGCAUCCUGCGUUGGUCUAUCAUCAUAGCGUGGUUCCGCCGUGUCGGGGUGAUACCACUACCUCCUGUGAUGUGCACUCGGCAGGUCGAAUUAACCUCCCAUGAUUUCGUCAACAACAAUGCCCGGUCUAUUCGGUCUAGUAGAUCUGCCAAUAGACAGUGGUCAAUUAUCAAGAGGCACGCGCGCAGUGGCCGCCCGACAAACUACCUAUCGUCAUCAUCGUGAUGGUUACUUGGAAAGCUUGACAAUCAGGUUCCCGGUCCCCAAUGAGGUUGGCUAUCGCGGCUACCUUGUUGACAAUAACUCGGAGGGUAUCAGAGCAUUAACAGCAGGUUGUACUUGUCACACAUUCGCAUGUGGUAGGGUCAGGUGGCAGUUAUCGGUGCAUCAAGCGGUGUCUUCAUGCGUCUCGUUGUAGAACUUGAUCCUUACCGCGUGCGCUGGUGGAACGCUUGACUGAGUAUUCCGUUAUUGUCGCUCGAAAAAAAGUUCCUAAUUGAGUCCAGGCGGGCCUUGAUUUGACGCACGUGUAGAAAAUUUAG